GCUCUGAAAGCUAGAUAUUUGUUAUCCGGAUAGUUUUGGCUCAUUAUCUUUAUCUAACUCUUUCUGUGGCGAAGCGUUGCAUGCAAUAGCGAUCAUUUUGAAUCUGUUCCUGCACGGACGCACACAUCUUUCUUAAGUUUUAUUUGUUUAAAAGAGCACCUGGUUUUUCAUUGCGCUCGUCCAUUCCUCUCCACAAUGGAUUUGGUCUGGAGACUAUGCUUCGUUGCCAGCUUCUGUGCCUGUGGUGUUGCCUCAGCAGAGCGUCACAGCGUCUUUUGGAAUAGCACCAACCAAAAGUUCCAGUUGGAUGACUACGCCGUGGAGGUGCGCCUCAACGACUACCUGGACAUCGUCUGCCCUCACUACCCGCUGGGGGAGGUGCCCUCCCAGGAUGCCGAGCGCUACGUCCUGUACAUGGUGGAGAAGGAGGACUACGCAGCCUGCCGCCCAGAGUCCUAUGACCAGAUGCGCUGGGAAUGCGGACACCCCUUCGCCCCCCACGCCCCCGAGAAGUUCUCUGAGAAGUUCCAGCGCUUCACGCCUUUCACCCUGGGCAAGGAGUUCCGCCAGGGAGAGAGCUAUUACUAUAUCUCCAAACCCCUGCACCACCACGGACAGGAGUGCCUCAGGCUCAGGGUGGACGUCGUCGCUGCCGACGGCUCUCAGGAGGCCAGAGUGGCUAAAGGAGGAGCUGGGGGUGGAGGUGGAGCCCACACUCCCUCCAACAGACUUCCAGCAGAUGACCCAGUGGUGAUCCUGCCUGAGGUCCAGAAAAGUGUGCGGACAAACUCCGCCGUGACAUCAUCGUCCCUCACAACCAUUUCACUGAUGCUCCCACUCUUAUUAUUGAUGUUUCUGCAAUAAGAGACUACAAAAAGAACUACAAAUACCUUGGACUUUCAGGGACACUGAAGGUGGCCUGUGAGGCACCUCAGACACAGACAGUACUAUAAGCCCAGUGCUGGCCAUUGGAAGAGUUUUUACACUUGUAAAGUAUGGAUGAACACUCGUGCACCACGUGUAAGGAGUGAGACAAUGGUUGGAGGUAACCAAGGAGGCACUUAGCCUUCUCACUCUUUCCAAAAGAUGUCAGUUUCUUCGUCUUUUUUUUUUUUCAGAGAAAAUUAUUUCUCUUUAAUUGUAGUAUUUUUUGUGCUCUCCUCCAUAUGUGACUUUUCUUUUUAUAUAAAUGCUAAUAUAGAAGGGGAACACAAACUGGAACAGACGAAGAACAAUCAAGAAAAACAACUUUCUCUUUGGAUUUUUAUGUUAUGAAGAUAUAAACUUGUAAAAAAAAACUGCAUUUAUUCAAAAGUUUUCUCUAAACUAUUGAGCCAAAGAUCAUAGCGGUCAUCUUUCCAGUGUAUACUAUUCCACCCUACAGUAUUGUGUACUGUUUGUUGUAUUGUUGUUAUUGUAUUGGUAUUGAGUGACAUCAAUGUCCAAGUGAUUCUUUUCUCAAUGUAGCAUCGACAAAAGCAGGGGCUGUACUUACCACAGCUGCUCCUUUGCAGACUCGACCAUGUGCUAUUGUACAGUAGCACUAUACAGCACAAUAGAAAACAACACACUACUUAUUACUUUGUACAGACUCUGACACACACAGACCAUCAUAAUACAAGCCCCAUAGUACAACACAGGGAUUCACACUACAUAGAAUCGACAGGUGUUAUGUACAUUCUGUGAAAAAUUAUUUAUAUGUGCUGAUAUUUUACUGUAUAUGAUAUUGUAUGUUGAACGCAAUGAUAUGUUUACUGUAGAGGGGAAGGAGGCAGAUGCUGUUUCUCAGGGUGAGAAACUGUGUGGAAGGAAGAGUGUGUGUUUUUCCAUGAGUGAGACAGAGAAAGAGUGAGUGUGGAAGGAUUCAGACACAAUGUUAAUCUGCCAAAAGUGAACACUGAGAUGUUGUGUGUAGUACCGAUAGGCUGGCCUCCUCUGCUAGUUGUGUCCCUGUAGCGUUUACAUCCACCAGCAUUUACAGCUAUGAUUGGACUCUUCUCCCCGCAGCCCUUCCUAUUGUUUAACCGAAACGAUGCUAUUGUCAGUCAAGAGUGCAAAACAAAAUUCAAUUUCUAUUGAAAAGUACACGUUCAAUUCAGUUCCGUUUUUUUGUUAAAUCAGUAUCACAAUUAGUUUUUCAGACAAAAGUGCGGGAGUGGUUUUGUUACUGUUAUUGUUGAUAAUACAAACCCAGACACAGCACAUUAAUGUGUGUACUCAAUGGACAAGACACGACCCCAGUGAUGGCUGCCAAGAACAACAUGAUUUUCUAGGGAGGCUUGAAUGACGGACACGACACAUGACCAACAUGGAGUCAACCCUACUGUUAUCAGAAUAUGCGUUACCUUACUGUGUACAUGUGUAAGUAAAGUGUAUUAUAUGUAUAUAUAGAAGAAGAUUAUAUAAAGACCUGUUUGAUAUGAUUAAUGUGAAAUUCUCGUUCAAUAAAAAAAGAUAUUUUUGGA